AUGGAAAUUUAUGAGAAUAAACAUUUUAAUUCAGAUGAUGAUUGUGCAACAGUCAGAGGAGAAACUUUUAACAACUUUGGUGAUGAAUUAACUGGUUCGAAAUCUCUUGACUGUAUCAUGGAAAAUUCAAGUAUGGAUAUAAUUGAUUCUAUUGACAAUAAUGAUGAUUAUAGUAUUAGUAGUAUCAGUAGUGAUGGGGAUUAUAAUAUUAAUGAUGGUGAUUAUCAUAUUUCCAUUACUGUUAAUACAAAAUCAGAAUCUAAAAAAGAUAAAGUGACAAAAACUAGAAGAUUGACUAGAUCACCUAAUAAUAAAAAGAAACAACCUCCAAUAAAUAAAUCUUUAAAAUUUCAAAGUACAAAAAACUUUUCUAAUAGUAAUAAGCGAAAAUUUAUUUAUAAAGUAAAUGAAAUAGAUAAGAAUGAUAUUUUUGUUAGAGAUAGAGCUGGUCAAACAAAUUUACAUAGAGCAUGUCAAGAAGGCAAGCUAGACAGAGUUAAAGAUCUGGUAGAUAAAGGAUCUGACAUUAAUGCAUGUGAUAAUGCAGGAUGGACUUCACUUCAUGAGGCUGCCUAUCAUGGAUAUUUAAACAUUGUACUUUUUCUAUUAGAAAAUGGGUCAGAAGUUAAUGCUAUUUCAUAUGAUGAAUUGGAUACUCCACUUCAUGAUGCAUGUGCUGAAGGUCAUGAAGAUAUUGUUAGAGCUUUAUUAGAGUAUGGAGCUGACCCUGAAAAAACUAAUGUAAAUGAAAAAAAACCUGGGGACUACACAACUAAUAAAAACAUUAUUAAAUUAUUGGGGACACCUGUAGAAGUUGUUAAAACACCUGUUAAAAAGUCAAACUUUAGUUCAAUUAAAAGACCAGUAAAUGGUGAAAGUGGAGGUGUAAGAACCAAGUUUUCUAAUAAUGAUAUUUUAAGAAUGGAUCUUAAAAGUAGAGAUUUGUCUGGGAGAAGUCAGCUUCACAUUCAUGCCAAGAAAGGUAACAUAGAAAUGGUAGGAAAUUUGAUUGAAGCAGGAGCCAAAAUCAAUAUUACUGAUAAUCAUGGACGUACACCACUACAUGAAGCUGCAUAUGAAGGUCAUUAUGAAAUUGUAAAUAUAUUAAUUGCAAUGGGUGCAAAUAUAAAUGCCACUGAUAAGAAAUUAAAUUCACCACUUCAUGAUGCAGCCAAGAAUGGUCAUACUGGUAUUGUGGAGGUACUUUUAUUAAAUAAUGCUAAACCUUGUGAGAAAAAUAUUGAAAAUAGAAUGCCCUUAGAUUUAGCUAAAUGUAGAAAAGACAUUGUUGAAUUAUUAUUUGAAUCUCCUGUAGAAAUAUUUGAAUUAGAAGUGAAAGAAGUGUUAAUAGAUAACAGUCAAACAUUGUUAAGUUUUAAUGCAUUUGAAGAGCUUCCUCCUACACCAGAAUAUUUGAAAAUGGAAAUAAAAGAUAAAUAUUCAGGGCCAUUGUAUACAGUUCAACUGAACACUGAAAUUUCGGGAUAUCCACUUGCUGCACCCAUCAUUCCUCCAUCAGGAACAUUAUUUGUUGUGGAUUUACAAGUAGAAUUAAUUCUAAAUUUGAAAAUAAGCACAUUGAUACAAUCAUAUCCCAAUCUUAUCAACAGACCUAUCUCAUUAAUGGAAAAAGAAAGACUCUGGCCAUUACUACGUUCUAUGAUAUGGGCACCAUCAAAAUCCAUUAAUCCAUCUGAAGUUGUUGCAUUGGAAGAUCAAAGAAAAUCAAAAUUCUUAAAAGUCCAAAUGCAUUUUAUCAAGUAUGAAGAGGCUAUUAAAUUAAUCAAAGAUGAAUUGAAAAAUCUUUAUCUUACAACCGUUGAAUUGGAUAUUUCAGACUAUCCAAAUAUGGAUGAUGAUAAAACUAAGAUAAACCAUUAUGGUUCAUUGGAAAUUGAUAAUGAUAAUAAACUUCUUCCUUUGACAUUUCCGCUAACACCAAUUUCACCUACUGGAUCUAAUAGGUUUAUUUUUAAUUAUAAAAUGGUUUAG